UCCUCCUCACCCAUCCCGUCGUCGCCCAAAUCGAUCCCCAAGCUCUACACUUCACUUCACCGCCGCCGGCGCCGUCCCCGUCACCUUGCAGUGGUACAUGUCGUGCGCCGCCGUCGUUCAUUGCAUAUUUGCAUCUGGAGAGCACGCACACACGGAAGGAAGGAAGGAAGAAAGAAGAAGGUACGUCGAUCCUUUCACUCCGUUCCAAUUGCCAUCCACUGGCUGCUUGCUUGUCCAUCAUGCAUAUAUCCGGUCGGUUGCUUGAUAAGCAGCAGCUAAAGCUAAGCUAGCGCUUCUCUUCUCCGUUAAUUACUUCGAGGCUUAGUAAGUGUGACUAUUUCACCUAGUUUAUAAUUAUAUACGCGCUAAAAAUUGUUACGAGUAUAAAAAAUAAUGACCUCGGUCGGUCGUCCCUUCAGUUAUAAAAAAUCAGUUUCAGUAAUUUACUUCCAUCCAUCUUCUUAAGUACUAGUACUACUAGAUGGAUGCUACUCCUCUUCAAAAUCAGGCGACUACGCGAAUGACUUAUUCAUCGAGACGGAGGUAGUAGCGAUUUUCCCUUCAAAAUCAGGCGGCUACUCAUUUGCCUACAAUUGUUUUUGUUUACAUUACACCAUUGUGGUCAAUGAAAUACAAUUGGCUCCUCCUGCAGAUAAACCAAAAUAGUACGUAUUAGAUGGUACUCCCUCCGUCCGGAAAUACUUGUCAUCGAAAUGAAUAAAAGGGGAUGUAUCUAGAUGUAUUUUACUUCUAGAUACAUCCUUUUUUGUCCAUUUUGAUGACAAGUAUUUUCGGACGGAGGGAGUAGACAAUACAUCAAAAACUAGUCCAUCAAAAGAAAAGAGGGACAGGGACAAGCAAAGAUGGAUAAACGCCUCCUGAAAGCAGCAACAUCCGGUGAUUCCACGGCAGCGAAGGGGAUGGCCUCACAGGACCCAAGCAUUCUUCUUGCAACAACUGCAUUUAUGGCCAUGAGAUGUUCUGCAAGGACAUGCUGGAACUGAAAGAGUCUCUCAUCAAUGCUGUAAACUUGGACGGGGAGACACCACUUAUCACCACGGUGAGAAAUGGUCACGUCUCUUUGUCUUCUUUCUUACUCGGUCAACACUGCUUUGUGCACCAUGGAUCGAGGCAGGCAAUCUUGCAACAGGACAGGUACGGAUUUAACGCACUGCACCAUGCCAUUCGCAACGGCCACAAGGAUCUUGCACUGGAGAUGAUAGCUGCACAGCCUGCGUUGUCGCAAGCUGUGGGAAAGCACAAUGAGUCACCGAUGUACUUUGCGGUGAUGAGAAAUUUUACACAGGUUUUCGAGAAACUAAUUCAAAAUCCUUUGUCUGCUUGUUCGGGAGGACAACACGGUUACAAUUGUCUACAUGCUGCAGUUAAGAAUGACCAUCAAGAAUUUGUCAAAAUAAUUAUGAAGAAACGUCCUGAAUUGGCUAGAGAAGUUGACACAGUACAAAAUACUCCAAUAGCACAUGCUGUACAAUACGACAAGAUUGACAUUUUACAAGUACUGCUGGAACAUGAUUCAACUCUAGGGUAUUUAACAAACAACAAAGGUAUGCCUCUGCUUAAUAUUGCGGCAUGGCGAGGUGUGGUUGCUGCUGCACGAAAGCUUCUGGAGCACUGCCCCGGUGCUCCUUAUCUUGAACCAAAUGGUUCGACAUGUCUUCAUGUUUAAUCAACCGGAAUUUGUUGAGUUUGUCCUGAGGACGCCAAUACUUGGCAAGCUUGUUAACGUGCAAGACAAGGAUAGAAAAACAGCUCUGCAUCUUGCAGUCAGAAAGUGCAAUCCGAGAGUGGUUGCUGCUUUAUUGUCUCACGUGGAUAUAGAUGCAACAUUGCUUGACAAAGAUGGUGAUUCAGCAGCCUGGGAACUGUCUAGGACUACCGUCAU